UGUUCGUUGAUAGAUGCUACGAUGAGCACACCAUCCUCGACACUGUCGGCCCGUCCUCACUCUCGCGCGCUGAAUCAACGGCCAUCUUCCAGCUUAUCACAGCAGCCGCCUUCCAGCGCGUCAUACGCAAGGCCAGUUUCAAGCGCGUCCUUGCGACCUCAAUCACGCAUUUCUCGACCAAGUUCGCGUAUUUCGCGACCGGCCACCAGGCAGUCUACGCGACUCGCGCCUUUGUGCCAGAAACUAAUCACACAACUCACUGGACUCACUUUAGAGAAUGAUGAAGAGGACUUUCGUAUGGCCUUGGAUUUCGUUUCUAGGAACCUAGAGCACGCUACGGCAACGAAAGGGGGUCCGAGCUCUGAUAUGGCAACCAUGGACAAACGUUUUCACGGUUUCCUCGAAAAAUACCGUAUACAGUCCAAUGAUACCCUUGCGGAAGCUUUGGAGAUCUCAUAUCGGAAAGUGAAAGAUAGCGCGAAGGAACUCACCAAUAUUGACAGUGACAUCAAACUCGCGCAUCUUCCAGACCACCUGCAACUGCUUGCUCUUCUGUCUGUUGCACCAACAGCGUCUACUCUCAAGCACGCAGAUGCAUAUGUUGAUGCGGUCAAAAAUCCACCAGCACCAGCACCUUCCCUCACCUGGAAGGAUAUCCUGGCCGAGGAGCCCUUCGAGGGACAACACUGGGAGGGUGCUUAUGGUUUGCCAUCAGGAAGCACGGUAGAAGGUUGGGAAAAAACGAGCGAUGGUAGCACUCCUUCACUUUCACCCUGGGACGAUGACUCGGACGAUUUGGAUGAUAGUGAUUCGUUUCCCUACACUGAAGAUGCUCCCUCAUCUCCUGGUCCCGUGGAACGAGUCUCAUCCUAUGAGCAGCCAACUUUGAGCCUUUCAUACCAACAUCGUAGGGUCGUGGAGGAGCUGCAAGCUCGACAGUACUGGAGAGAAGAAUGGCGAACAGAUGCCGAUUUAUCUCAGCCAUUUAGUCUGGGCGAUGCAUCAACACUUGGCCCUUCACUGAGCCGAGCUCUUGGUGAAAGAACAACUCUUUUGAUUGAUGGGCCUGAACGCGAGAAAUACAUCAACGAGCAUGACGCUGUUCGUGAGGUACUCAUGUGUCUCCAGGGACGCAAAAACCUCAUGAUCACCAGCAACUCGAGAUCCCCGUCGCUCAUGCGGCCAUCACCAAAUGCUCCACGUCUCGUUCAUUUGACAUUAGCAUCCCAAACUUCUAUCCUCUCGUCGUUUGCGCAACUUGCUAGCACCAUGUCCCACAUCAGAAAAUUCACCUCCGCAGUCUUUUCCAAUGUAUUUUCAACCUCAAACCCACCUCUGAGCUCGACGCACCUUCUAUCUCACAACACGCGUUCGCAGACCCUCGAAGCUUUCGCAGAUGCGAUCGAUUCUCAGCUACAAAAGUUCGACCGCUGGUGCGCCGACAAAGAAGAACGGAUAUGUUACGCUCACGCUGGCCUUGGCAACCAGCUGGUCGUCAGUCUACUGGGUCUCGAAAAAGACGUCAGAGAUCACUUUUCAGUUACCUUCGACCUCCUUUUGGCCAUUCUGCGAGAGAUAAUGGGCUAUGUCAUGCAAUCAGAUAAUACGUCCGACGAAGAGGUCUGGUUAUUGGUAUCCCUGUCUAGUCGCGUGCCGCCAGCGGCUGUUACUGCCCAUCUACUGGACUCAUGUCUGCGUUCUGCAGAGGAGCAGUCUUCACUGGGAGACGAAAUCACCACUGAAGCUCUCACUGAGGUGUUUGUUAGGUCCGCACAGCCUGUUUGGGUGAUGGUGGGCCGCUGGGUCAGCGAUGGGAUGCCAGUGCGGGACACGUGGGAACCUUCUGAUAAUCAGACCCUAGAUGAAGAGUUCUUCGUCGAGGAUAACGAACUUCCACUUAUGGACCCUGAUUUCUGGGCGGAAGGAUAUGUUCUUAAGGCUUUGAGCGACUUUGAAGCGCGCACAGGAGAUCCGAAGGCAAUUUCCGUUCCGGUAUUUCUGGAACGUAUAGCUGAUCGUAUACUCGAAACCGGAAAAGCAGUCGGUCUGCUGCGGGUCUUGGGGAUUCCCUUGCUGAAUCAUGCAGAUAACGAUGUCCACUGGUCAUCACUCGCAACACUGAUAGGACAGCACAAAAAGGAUGCUUCAGAUCCAGAGAACCUCGCUCACCUUAUCUCCGACAAGAUCGCGCCCUAUUACACAUCUUCGGGAUCUCAGCUUACCCAAGUGCUAACCGAGGACUGCGAUCUUUCACGCCACUUCGCGGCCAUCGAAGGGCUAUAUCUGAUGACCAGGGGAGACGUCAUCGGCCAUUUCGCCGAUGUCCUUUUUGCAAAAAUGGACAGCCAGCAACACUGGCAAGACUUCCACUUCUUGAACAGCGCAUUUAGGGAUGUUGUAGAUGCCAAUAACGCCACAAAGUACAUCGAGACUUCCCUUGUUCGCCUCUCCUAUCGGGGAAGCAAAACCACCGUCAUCGCACAGACAGUGGAAGCUCUUGAUGGUCUACUCGUCGAAUAUGCAGUGCCUUUUCCAUUGGCGUAUAUCUUCACGCCGCGUGUAUUUUCGAUCUAUGGGUCGAUCUUCGCGUUUCUUCUGCAAAUACGGCGAGCGAAAAAUGUUUUAGAGCGCAUCCUUGUACGGGGCGAAAUAGGGAAUGAACGACAUAUGAAGCAUGAGUUGAAGGUGUUUUAUGCAAUGAGGGGCAAGCUAUCGUGGUUCAUCAACACGCUGUUGAACUUCCUGACCACUCAUAUCCUGUACUCUCAGUUAGCGGUAUUCCACGAAAAUUUCAACAAGGCAGAGUCCCUUGAUGAGAUGAUCAAGAUCCAUAACGACCACUUGGAUACAAUCCAGCGCGGUUGUCUGCUUCACCCCGAAACUUCUGCCCUCCAUCGUGCUGUCUUGACAGCACUCGACAUGUGUCUGCAUUUCAGUAAUAUUUUCGUCUCGUUCUCAGGUGACAAUACCCAUGAUAUCUCACGGCUCUCUAUCGUUAUAAAACGUCACCGAAGUCGUCGCCAAAGACGGCUUCGUCGAGACAUCAUUGGAUUCUCUACCCCGGAGAUCGUCUCAGAUGAUGAAAGUGACGAUGACGACGACGAGAUGGUGGGCGAUGCACCUGAGCCUUCGUUCUCUCUGGCUGCCUCUGUGAUGAGCUACGAGGGUGAUCUCCCUGAUCAUCUGGAGAAGCUGUCCUCGGACCUGGAUGGUGUUGUGCGUUUUGUUCGCAGGGGGAGUGAGACCUGGGCAGGAAGUACGUCUAAAGCUGCACCUGCUUUCGGAGUUCUUGCGUUUGCAUUGGAAGAUUGGGAUUCGUAAUUCGAUAUUCAAUACUUGCUAUGAGGCUCAUAGUGUACAUGAAUGACAUGGU